AUGUGGAAAAAGAUUGUAAUCGGGCUUUAUCUUGCUACACAAAUAGUGUUUACCCUUCAAGACACCUGCCUAAGAUUUGAAUAUGGACGGGAUUAUGGAGGGAGUUCGUUGAGUUCAAAAUCUGGAAUUUUUACGGAAAAAAGUCAAGGUUGUGGAUGUUCGGCGUUAAAGCGAAAUGGCCCCCUAAGAGGAGAAGCAAUUUCUCUAAAUAAGGACAACAAAGAUGAUGGAAUGGAGUUUAAACCUGCUUAUAAACGCACGAACCAAAUGGUUUUUAUCAAGGGUGGGAAAUUUACGAUGGGCACCGACAAGCCCUUCCUACCCAUGGAUGGCGAGGGGCCAGCUAGAGAAGUGACAGUGGAUUCCUUUUAUAUGGAUAUUUAUGAAGUCAGCAAUGCAGAGUUUGAACUUUUUGUUAAUAACACUGGCUAUGUAACAGAGGUAAUAAGUUAGUAAACUGUUAGUGCUGUGAAAUGAAGCAGCGAUCCGAAAAGUGAUUAAUUUUAGCAGUAGUCAUUGCUGGGCCCCCUCUCCCGUAAAGAUGUUUUUUUUUAAAAUUUUUUUGUUGCGCUGGCAAGGCUGUGCUCUAAGGAAAAUUUCAGGGAGCCCUUCGGGCUCCCAAGCAUUCUAUUUAAGUCGCCCAGACCUCAAGUUGGUCGCCCGAAUAAAAAUUUCCGGGGCCCCUUCGGGCUCCAAAGCAUACCAGCUGGGGUGCCCAGGCCUCUCAAGUUGGUCGCCCGAGUACAUCUGAUGAGGAAGUAUUUUUUGAACACACGCGAAUCUUACUCGUCUGCUGAUCACCAAACUCGGUAAUUUUAGCUUUUGGGUUCCACAAAAACCCGCUUGUUGUCUUAUGAAACCCAUCAAAGUUUUCGUGCCAUUCAGAUUUAAAACCAGAAACGUGAGCAAUGCUGCGGAAUUGUUUAGGUUUUAAAGAGAGAAAAGUAAAAAAAUUCAGCAGGUUUACGUAAACUUCAUUAAGAUCUUUGGGUCAAACAUAGGAAAACUGUGCUUUUUACCUGUAAUACUAAACUUGAAAAUAAAUUUUCAAAAGGUGAAUCAGUGCGGCAUGAAAUAUAAUGUGACAGAGUUUUAUACGCGGUUGAUCGAACUCAAGUUCCCGUGAAAAAUACCGUGAAACAGUGAAACCGCCGCGGCCCCAAACCUAUCGUUUUAAUAAAAAAUAAGUCAUAUUUAAUUUUCUUUUCUAUAUUAUCACUGAAUCUUUUAGGAUAAUUGAGCUUUUCGUGGAUACGGUCGAAGCGUAAACCAGCUCUUCUUUCCGUGUUUUUAUUUCAUUUUUUUGGCCGCUAAAUUUAUCCUGUAUGCGAAUUUAGUUUUCGAUACGUAAAAUGCCAAGACAACGUGGAACUGCCCUGUUUCUAAAAUAACAAUAAAAACAAUCAGAACAAUCAUAUCUUUUCUUUUUAUAUUUCGUUAUCUUAUGUAAAGGGAAGAAAACAAUCAUAAGUUAUGUUUUAGCCAAGCAGACACACGGCAGCCAAAAACCGUAAAAACAUUAUACUUGCAUACUGGUCAAUACAGCAACUUCCGUUUUAUACAAAAAUAAAUUACUCCGCGUCGCCUGCCGCGCUUUACGUCUGUCAGAAAAGUAUUGACAGUUUCUCCUAAAAACUGCACUUAAUGAACCAUUCUGUCUGAAAGAAAAAAUUUUGAAACUAUUUUAAGCAGCGGUACAAAUCGAAAUCCUUGCCGCUUGUCACGUUUAAAGUGAUGGAUUAUGUUACGUGUGAAAUCAUGCAGAACGACCUUUGAACAUCGACGUGCGCCCGUUUCUUUCCUACAACAUUCGUAAAAACAUUUUCUGUAGGGUUUAUCUAAACUCUGACUCAACAAGCCAACACCAGUACGUUAAAUUUUUCUUCCUGAUUAACUGAACACUGCAUCAGAAGCAAGAGUGCCCGGCCGGGCGACCGGGAACUUUUUUUCAGUCGCCCGAAGCUAAAUGUUAGGCGCCUCAGGCGAUCGGGCGCCGUUAGAGCACAGCCUUGGCUGGCGUGUGAGUAUCAAACACCAUUUUAAUAGAGUGUUUUAUCCUCCCUGUUUUUUUUUGGUGGGGGAACUCCCUUAAAAUUUUGCCUGUGAAAGGCAAAACGGACAUAAACGGAAAAUUUUUGGUCCUUCGGACCUCAGUUUGGUCCAAAAAUAAGGGAAGGGGGGGGAGGGCGGUCCCCCCGGGCCCCUACCACGGGAUCCGCCACUUAGUAACACUCCUCUGUCAGUGAUAAAGUGUGAUUUUAUACCCUAUUCUAGUAAGUCAGAGAGGCAAAAAUCAUAUCCUGUUGAGUGCCAGGGACAUACCCAUAUAGCCCAUCUAUGAGAGUGGUUACGAUCUUCAACUUAUUUUCUAGUAACAUUGUUUUACUGUUUGAGGAAAUUUUAUUUGCAUUGUAAGAGUGAAAUCCUUUCAGUUCCUUUGUUUAAAUUCAUAAUUUAUUGGUUGAUGGAUCACUUUGAAUGGCUUUUCAUAAUAUUAUUAUGAUUUUAACUUCCAUGUUUCAAUGUAGGCUGAAAAGUUUGGGGAUUCCUUUGUUCUAGAAGGAAAAAUCAGUGAAGAGAUCAAGAAGGACAUACACCAAGCAGUGAGUUGAAUUUCUUCUGAUGGAAGUGUUUACUUCCUAGCUAGUGGGGAUAACCAAUAAGAUGGACUUUUCUUAUUUUCUAUUACCAGGUUGCUGCAGCACCAUGGUGGCUUCCAGUCAAAGGAGCUUACUGGAGAAAUCCAGAAGGACCUGAUUCUGUCAUCAAGGACAGGUAAAAAUUACACUUGGCACUUGAACUUAAUACAGUAUUGGCAGUGUGCAUGUACAUGUAUAGUCACUGUGACAGAGCUACAUUUAGUUAUGUACAGGGCAAUGGGAGACCUCUCCAGCUAGUAAAGAUACCAAACUUUGCACAAUCUACACCUAAUUUUUUUUCUGCAAAAAAUAAUGACAUAGGGAUGUUAGCCAUGUGGCCUGCUUUUGACGGCAGUAACAUAGCAAAUCCAGUAUGCAGUGUACAUCCCCAGCAUCACUGUCACUGUCACUGUCACAUGACCUUUUCUAGACUUACAGUUGUAAGACUUCAUGUGAAAACUGUGUAACAGUCGUGGGCAUGUACUAUUAAUUCUGCAGUCUCUACCAGGGUUUCUUGUUCAUGUCAAUAGUCUAAACAAAUUUAGCAAUAAGACAACAUGACAAAAAUGCAAUUGGUUUGGGCAGAACUACAAAACCACUUAUUUAACCAAUAGGACAACAGCAAAUACACCAGAUGUCACAAUUAUUUGGUAUCUUCAAUAGGUUUUCACAUUCCCACUUGACAUUGUUGUCAUUGCUAAAUCUGCCUACUAUUUUUAACUGCGAUGUAAAACUUGCAAAAUUAUUUAAUAAUUAUGUUUUUGCCAUGCACACUUAAUUAUCUUGAUCUAAUACACAAGCCAAUGUGAUUAACAUACUAUGUUGUUGAUAAAUUAAUUUUAGAAUGGACCACCCAGUACUUCAUGUCUCAUGGAAUGAUGCUGUUGCAUUUUGUAAGUGGGCUGGUAAAAGACUCCCAACUGAAGCUGAGUGGGAAUAUGCCUGCAAAGCAGGACUCAAAAACAAGUAAGAGAGAGUAACAGACUGGUUGAAUAAUAAUAUUAUAACUAACAUAUAAAAGCAUAAUUAUCAAACUUCUUCAUUGUGUUUUUACCGUAUGCUUUUUAUACUUUUAAUAUUCCUUAUCAAAACACCUCAUAUACUCCACUUUCUUGCUACUGCCUUUUGAUCCAUAGUUCUGCACACAUGCAAAGCUUUUCAGCAGUUUUUUUAGCAUUGAUUUUAAUUAAUUUUUACGAAAAAAUAAUAGAGAUUUUGAAUGAAUUACAAAUGUGUACCUACUUAAAUAUAAUGGAAACUAUAAAAAGGUUUGGUAAUAACAAGGACUUACUUCUUAAUUAUCCCUUUUUGUGUUCCUUUUUUGGUAGGAGCUUUGCCAAGGUGCACCUCUAUUUAAAAUAAUUAUUGAUAUCUUAGAUUGACUAUAAUUUCAGUUUACUAGGAAAGAGAAACAUAGAGAUAUUUGAAUGAAUUCAAUGGAUUGUCUGUAAUCUUAUAUGUUGGAUUACACUGUACUUUGAUGACUCUUAUAAUAAUGUAUUUGUUAAGGACUUUCCUUUUUGUAUUCUCAUUUUAACUGCCUUGAGGUAACCUUUAAAAUAAAUAAUUUGAUGUAUUGAAUAAUUAAGCUGGUUUGAAAUAAUUUAUGAUUAACUCUAGUUGGUAAUGUGUGGCCAGCAAAACACUCACCCACAGUAAGCCGUAAACUGCUCAAAGGAAUUAAAGGAAAAAAGCAUAUAAUAUCUAAACUAGUGCAUGUAAAUGUAUUGAUUUGUUUUCAACAUCUCUUAAAUGUUUUUAUUACCUCAGAAAAUACUCUUGGGGUAACAAGUUCAAGAAAGAUGGUCACCACAUGGCAAACACAUGGCAAGGAAAAUUCCCAGUUUAUGAUACGGGAGAGGAUGGGUAUGCUGGUACAAGUCCUGUCACAGCAUUCCCAUCAAAUAACUAUGGCCUAUAUAACAUUCUGGGGAAUGUGUGGGAGUGGACUCAAGAUUGGUGGACCAUACGACACUCUUCUCACUUCCAGGAAAAUCCAGUAAGUUUAAACUGAUCCACGCGACUCAAUGGAUAGAUUUCAUAUAUCCAGCAAUUGCAGGUAGUAAUGCAGUAUAGCACAGGGUUAGUUAGCAAUGAUAAUAUUUUACUUGGAUCAUUGGGUUCUGUCUGUCGUGUUCUUUCUUAAGUGAGCUACUUGCUCAUCAUAUUGAAGUUUAAGAUGAUUGUUGGUUCAUACAAUUCAUAUAUUUAUAAUUAUGUAUUUAAAUCACAGCCCAAAGUAGCAUAUUUGUAACAAUAUUACUUAUACCUGUUUAUGACCCGCCAGUAAUAUAUUUAGAACAAGUUAUGCGCAGAAAAAAAAAACCAUUGACAGCUUGCACAAAUAUCUAUAUCGCCUUUUUUUAGGAAACAUUAAUUUUGCGACGAGAAUGACCAAGAAUAAGAGUGCUAAGCGACUGGGAAGAAGUUGAAAAUUAAAAAAAAAAUUAAGAGAAAUGUCAAGCUGUGGUUAACGAUUGCUUUAUUCAGCCCUAUUAAAAAGAGGCUCGGUUGUCUCAUUUUCAUUUUCAUUAACAAUCCAGGAAUCGAUAAGAAGCGGAAAAAACUAUCGAGAGCUUUGUUUUUGUUCGCUUGUUUGUUUGUUUUUGUAUCAUCGCACAUACAAGUUUUGUCUGUAAUAAAAAAGGGAUUAAUGAAGAUGUUUCCAAGGGCUGUUUAACUCAGCAUAGAAGCGGUAAAACAAAGUCAUUACCACAUGCAUUAUUUAACAGACUUUUGUUGUAUAGAAAGGGCCUUUUUCCGGAAAGGAUAAAGUGAAGAAAGGUGGAUCUUACAUGUGUCAUAAAGUAAGUUAAUCUUCAAUUUCUAAUAUUAAGCUAAUCACCGAAAUAAAUUAUAAUAUUGCGGACUGCAUGGAGAUUCCAAAAACGAUAAUUUUUAUCCUGUAGAAAGUCCUGCUACUAUAUAUUUCAUUGAGUAAAAAGUCUUGUAUUAGGAUUAAAGUAGAAAAUAUAUAUGUACAAUACAUGUAUUGCCGUCCAAGCCAAUUCUUCUUUGCACCUCGCCCCCUUCCUCGAAGUUAAAUGCUCGGCCCCUUUUGUGAUGUUCUUAAUUCUUUGCGGCUGAUACCUUGUUUUGCUAAACUGCAAAAAGAGAAACUAUAGAAAGCUUGAGAGAAUUAAGGCUCGCUCCUCAAACUACGGGCUUUUACAUCAAGUCGAGUCAAACAAAAAAGAUGACGGUCUUAAGUUGAAGAUGGCUCGAAGGUGGAAAAGAUUUAAGAUCGUUAUUCAGAGAUAUCGAAGAAUAAUACACAGGGGCAUCCAACGGGUGUUUUCUGUAAAUGAUCUAGCCUGCGUAGCAAGCUCCCUCUCCCCUCGCGUGUCUCUCUCUCUCGCGCCCUUCUUGCGCCCACUACUUCCAAGCGACUGCUACGGAGGCUAUGAAUUAUGUGUUCGGAGAAGCAAAUAUUGCGUAUAAUUUUCUACUGCUUAAGUACGGCUAGAAAUUUCUCAUGACCGUUCCAUUCAGGUACAAUUUUCGAAGCUUAUUAUGUAAUAAAUGCCCUACGAUUUUCUGAAGUUUAAUUUCUGACAUUUUACUCCCUAUGUUAGGCUAAUUUUCGUAGGAAAAGGAAACCCAAACUUUUCGGAUUCAAAACUGUGACAGAGAGAGGAACAAGAACAAUCCUCACUUUUGUAAAACGUUCAAUUGCAUCUAAAAUUUUCGGUAAAAUGAUACUGAAGCCCAUUUUAAGUUUUAAGAAUUUUAAGUUCUCCUAGGAUGACUGAACAGUUACAAAUGUUAUGGCGCCGCUAAGAAUGUGUUUCUAGAUAUUUAAAUUACUCUGGAUAGCCUAGAAAGAGUUUUCAAUGAAUUUAGGAGGAAACCAUCGUUGGGUGCCCCUGAAUACAUUUGAUUCGGAGCAAGGUGUUUAGCAAUUAAAAGUGUUACAUACAUGAGUACUUUUAAAAGAAUAGAACGACUGGCAAUCGGCUUUUUUUCUUAGAAUUAUGGCAAAAAUUGGAAAAACUUGUCCCGAAAAAAUCGAGUUCGCGAUCGUGGCUCGUUUGUCUCGUACGUUUUGACAAUUCCAAAACAAUCUCAAGGCUGAAUUCAACAUCACUUCCUAUUAUUUUGUGGACUUCAGCUCGAACGUUUUUUUUUAACUGUUUUAAUUUUUUAUCGUUUUUCUUUCUUGUUUCAGUCUUACUGCUAUAGAUACCGUUGUGCAGCGAGAAGCCAGAAUUCUGCCGACACCACUGCCUCAAAUCUUGGAUUUCGCUGUGUUAGCGACAAGCUCCCUAGUGAAGUCAGAUUAGUCACAUAG